CAGCCUCUCUCUCUAGAUUCUCUCUCCUAAUAAAAGAGAGAAAAAAAACCCAAGAAAAAUAAGAGAGAGAAACUCUCUCUCUCUCAUCACCCACCCAACCAAGCCACCCCCUCUCUCUCUUCCUUGCAAGCAUCCAUCUCAUCAAAGGCCAAACCCUCCUCCUCUCCCCAACAAGAACAACAAGGAGGCGCGAUUCACGCGAACAAUCACAGGAGGGGGAGAGAAGGGGAGAAAUCAUCCGCUCAUCUCCCAAAAUCCUCCAAAAAAAUCCAUCUUUAUCCCGAAAAGAUCCUCCUUUUCUUGGGGUUUCUGACAGGCGUGCACGGCUAUCUUUAGGCGUUCUCGGCCUCAUCUCUCGUGGAAAGGUUCUUCUUCUUCGGGGUUGUUUGCUGCUGCUUAAUUUGAGGAGGAAAAGCCCAAUUCUUGUGGGGAGUGAAGGGAGGGAGGAGGGGGGCAUGGCGGAGGAGGGGGAGGAGAGGCGGCGGUUCUCGAAUCUUCGCGGCGUCCGGUGGCGGGUCGAUCUCGGCAUCCUGCCGGCUUCGCCGGGGGCGUCGGUGGACGAGCACCGCCGCGCCGCCGCCGAUUCGCGGAGGAGAUAUGUUAGUUUGAGACGACGUCUUCUGGUAGACCCUCAUGUUCCGAAGGAGGAGGGCAGAUCAUCAAACCUCAUUGUCGACAACCCGCUAUCUCAGAACCCUGAUAGUAGCUGGGGUCGGUUUUUCAGAGGCGCGGAGUUGGAAAAAACCGUAGAUCAAGAUUUGUCUCGUUUAUAUCCUGAAGAUGGAAGUUACUUUCAAACGCCUACUUGUCAGGCCAUGCUGCGUCGAAUACUAUUGAUGUGGUGCCUUCAGCACCCAGAACAUGGAUACCGCCAAGGAAUGCAUGAGCUAUUGGCCCCUCUAGUGUAUGUUCUUCAAGUUGACAUUGACAAACUAUCUCAAGUACGAAAAUUGCAUGAAGAUUGCUUCAAUGAUGAUUUUGAUGGAGUUCCUUUCCCAGAUACCGAUAUGGUUUUCAGCUAUAAACCUAGAAAGGACCCAAAAUGGAGUUUUGGAGCUGACAAUCAGAAUGAUUCUGAACGAUCUUCCAAAAGUAACACUCUUGAUGAGCUUGAUCCGGACACAAAAGAAAUAAUUUUACUUAGUGAUGCAUAUGGCGCGGAAGGCGAACUAGGCAUUGUUUUGUCAGAAAGGUUUAUGGAACAUGAUGCCUAUUCUAUGUUUGAUGGUUUGAUGGAUGGAGGUAGCGGAGUGGUACGCAUGGCAGAGUUUUUCUCCCCAUCCUCUGUUGGAUCUAGCUCAAAUCUACCACCUGUUAUUGAAGCCUCAUCAGCAUUAUUUCAUUUGCUCUCAAUUGUUGAGCCAACCCUCCAUAAUCAUUUCAUUGAGUUGAAAGUGGAACCACAGUGGUUCGCACUUCGUUGGUUGCGAGUCUUGUUUGGACGAGAAUUCUGCCUCAAUGAUCUUUUGGUAGUAUGGGACAAAGUUUUUGCUUGUUCAAACAAUAUGCUGCUAAGUAGUGAUGAGGAAUAUAACUUUCGUAUCUUGUGUUCAGAUAGAGGAGCAUUUAUUGCAGCCAUGGCAGUUUCUAUGCUUCUUCAUAUUAGGUCGUCUUUGUUGGCUACUGAACUUGAUGUCUUCUGUCUUCAGAGAUUAUUAAAUUUUCCAACGAAUAUUGAUGUGCAGAAGCUAAUUGAGAAAGCCAACUCCCUACAGUCUAUUGCAAUUGAUGCGAACACUUCAUCCUCAUCUUUCCUUUUAAAGAGGGAUAGCUAUGAGUUUGACAGAGUUCACAGCAAUCUCUCUUCUUCAACUCCUCCGAGAACUCCAUUGCAUCCUGUUUCUGAGAGUUACUGGGAAGAGAAGUGGAGGAAUGUGCACAAGGACGGAACAACCCCCAAGGAGGUUGAGAGGGGCAAUUCUUUUAGUAAACAAUUAAAGAAAUCUUUGACCCAGAAGCUUGGUUUAUCUAGGACAGAGUCAGAUCCUUCUCCAGUGAAGGUCCUCAGUGUGAGUAGUAAUGAUACUCGGAAUUCAGUAAGACGUUGCCUUCUGAAUACUUUAUCAGAUGAUUUGGAUUGUUCUAAUGAACUUGCCGGGAAAACUCAGGAAGACGAAUUCCCUAUCAUCUCAGUUCACAGGGAGCAUCCUCUGAGCUCUGCAGAGCCUUCCAAGUUAAAGGCAGCUGGUGAAAAUGUAACUGUGAGCGCAUCAUGUGUGGCAAAACUCAGCCCUCUAAAAAAAUCUGUGGUUGAGCCAGCUAAUGAGAACGCAACACAGGGGACAAAGUGUGUACCAGAAGCUUGUUCCAGCGGUGAGAACUCUCCAGUGUUCUAUGCAGCCAGAGCCAGUGCUGGUAAUGAACCUUUGAAUGGCCAGGACACGGAUUCUGAGAGUAGCAGUGUUACCUCAAAUUCCUUUGCUGGUGACCAUGAUAGGGAUGAAAUUCUGAAAGAUGAGCCAUCCAGCUCUAAUGAUGAUAACAAAACCAUCCAAGAUUCAGAAGCAGCAUCUUCUGAUAAAAGUCCAGACCGAAAUGGAACCUCUGAGAGGGCUGUCGUUUCUAAUGAAAGAAAGCCAUUCAUUAGUAAAUUCCAGUGGCUCUUGAAGUUGGGAAGACCUUCGGUUGAAGGCAACAUGGAGAAGAGUAGUGGAGAGACAUCAGCUGAUAAACAAGACGGGGACACAUCCUGUUCUCCUUCUGAUGGGAAUUCAAAUAACUCCCGUGGUAGCGUAAAGUUGGCUUCUGGUGAUAAAAAGGUCAUGGGCAGCCUAAAGAAUCUUGGACAAAACAUGCUUGAAAAUAUCCAGGUGAUUGAGUCGGCAUUUCAGCAAGACCGUGGUCAGCCUGGCCCUGUGGAGAACUUCUCAAACAACAUUCUUGGAGGCAAAGGACAGGUCACUGCAAUGGCUGCUCUGACGGAGCUUCGCAAGAUCAGCAAUCUGCUGAGCGAGAUGUAACAGUGUAAGAUGUAUCGCCCAUUCUUUCCCAGCUUUCUAGCUCAGCUAAGGCCUGGUAGUAAUAAGUCAGGUACCUAGGUCUUUUUCAUUCAGCAGUGCUUGGCACUGCUUGAAUAUGUAUAUAUAGAUUCGAUUCGAUUCCAUUCCAUUGAGUAAAUCAUGUAAGCAUUGUACAAGGAUCACCCGUGGAUUUACCUGGCGCGUGAUGAGGGAGUAGUUCUCUCCGGCAUUAGGAAGCUAUCUAAUGAUGGAUGAAAUUUUGUAAGAUAAACUUUUUAAGGAAGAAUAAGCAGAAUAUGUUGCAAUAUGUGCGAGCUACAAUGCAGCUGGAUGAUUUGUUCGUCAGGCUGUUCUAUGUUCA